GCGGCGUGGUCGGCGGCGGCUCGGGGCGCUUGGGCGCUUGCGGGGAGUAGGAAGCAGGCGGCGGCAUCCCGUGUAGGUCGCGGCAGGGGACCCCCGGAGCGGCGGCGGUGGUAGCGCGCGGGGACGAUGGCGGCGUCUUCGGACAAGCUCUACCGGGUCGAGUAUGCCAAGAGCGGGCGCGCGUCUUGCAAGAAAUGCAGCGAGAGCAUCCCCAAGGACUCGCUGCGAAUGGCCAUCAUGGUGCAGUCGCCCAUGUUCGAUGGAAAAGUCCCACACUGGUACCACUUCUCCUGCUUCUGGAAGGUCGGCCACGCCAUUCGGCAGCCCGACGUCGAGGUGGAUGGGUUCUCAGAGCUCAGGUGGGACGACCAGCAGAAGGUCAAGAAGACCGCGGAGGCUGGAGGGGUGACAGGCAAAGGCCAGGACGCGGGCUGCAAGACGGAGAAGACUCUGGCUGACUUCACAGCGGAGUAUGCCAAGUCCAGCAGGAGCACGUGCAAAGGCUGCAUGGAGAAGAUUGAGAAGGGCCAGAUACGCUUGUCCAAGAAAAUGCUAGACCCGGAGAAGCCCCAACUGGGCCUGAUUGACCGCUGGUACCACCCAGGCUGCUUCAUCAAGAACAGGGAGGAACUGGGGUUCCGGCCCGAGUUCAGCGCCAGCCAGCUCAAGGGCUUCAGCCUUCUUACCCCAGAGGAUAGAGAGACCCUCAAGAAGCAGCUCCCGGGAGUCAAGAGUGAAGGAAAGAGAAAAGGCGAUGAGGUGGAUGGCAUGGAUGAAGUGGCCAAGAAGAAAUCUAAAAAGGAAAAGGACAAGGAUAGUAAGCUUGAGAAGGCCCUCAAGGCCCAGAACGAGCUGAUAUGGAACAUCAAGGACGAGCUGAAGAAAGCGUGUUCAACCAACGACCUGAAAGAGCUGCUCAUCUUCAACAAGCAGCAAGUCCCCUCCGGGGAGUCGGCGAUCUUGGACCGAGUGGCAGAUGGCAUGGUGUUCGGGGCCCUCCUUCCCUGCAAGGAAUGCUCGGGCCAGCUGGUCUUCAAGAGCGACGCCUACUACUGUACCGGGGACGUCACCGCCUGGACCAAGUGUAUGGUCAGGACACAGACACCCAGCCGGAAGGAGUGGGUGACCCCAAAGGAAUUCCGAGAAAUCUCUUACCUCAAGAAACUGAAGAUCAAAAAGCAGGACCGGGUAUUUCCGCCCGAGACUGGAGCCCCGGUGGCAGCGGCACCCCCGCCCUCCACGGCCUCGGCGCCUGCCAGCGUGAACAGCUCCACCCUGCCAGAUAAGCCGCUGGCCAACAUGAAGAUUCUGACGUUGGGGAAGCUGUCCCGGAACAAGGACGAGGUGAAGGCCACGAUUGAGAGACUUGGGGGCAAGCUGACCUGCACAGCGAGCAAGGCCUCCCUGUGCAUCAGCACCAAAAAGGAGGUGGAGAAGAUGAACAAGAAGAUGGAGGAGGUGAGGGAAGCCAGCCUCCGCGUGGUGUCUGAGGAUUUCCUCCAGGAUGUGGCCGCCUCCACCAAGAGCCUGCAGGACUUGCUCUCGGCCCACGUGCUGUCCCCCUGGGGUGCUGAGGUAAAGGCGGAGCCCAUGGAGGCCGAGGCCCCCAAAGGGAAGUCGGGGGCCGCGCUGGCCAAGAAGAGCAAGGGCCCUGUCAAGGAGGAAGGCAUCAACAAAUCUGAGAAGAGGAUGAAGUUAACUCUUAAAGGUGGUGCGGCCGUGGAUCCUGAUUCCGGUCUGGAACACUCCGCCCAUGUCCUGGAGAAAGGCGGGAAGGUCUUCAGCGCCACCCUCGGCCUGGUGGACAUCGUGAAGGGAACCAACUCCUAUUACAAGCUGCAGCUGUUGGAGGACGACAAGGAAAGCAGGUAUUGGAUAUUCAGGUCCUGGGGCCGCGUGGGCACGGUGAUCGGCAGCAACAAGCUGGAGCAGAUGCCAUCGAAGGAGGACGCCAUUGAGCACUUUAUGAAAUUAUAUGAGGAGAAAACUGGCAAUGCCUGGCAGUCCAAGAACUUCACAAAGUUUCCCAAAAAGUUCUACCCUCUGGAGAUCGACUACGGCCAGGACGAAGAGGCGGUGAGGAAGCUGACGGUAAACCCCGGCACCAAGUCCAAGCUCCCCAAACCGGUGCAGGACCUCAUUAAGAUGAUCUUCGACGUGGAGAGCAUGAAAAAAGCCAUGGUGGAGUACGAGAUUGAUCUUCAGAAGAUGCCCUUGGGGAAACUGAGCAAGAGGCAGAUCCAGGCGGCAUACUCCAUCCUCAGCGAGGUCCAGCAGGCAUUGUCCCAGGGCAGCAGUGACUCCCAGAUCUUGGAUCUAUCCAAUCGCUUCUACACCCUGAUCCCCCACGACUUCGGCAUGAGGAAGCCUCCGCUCCUGAACAACACAGAUAGCGUGCAGGCCAAGGUGGAGAUGCUGGACAACCUGCUGGACAUCGAGGUGGCUUACAGCCUGCUCAGGGGGGGCUCAGACGAUAGCAGCAAGGACCCCAUCGAUGUUAACUAUGAGAAGCUCAAGACUGACAUCAAGGUGGUGGACAGAGACUCUGAGGAGGCGGAGACCAUCAGGAAGUACGUUAAGAACACCCACGCGACCACGCACAAUGCUUACGACCUGGAAGUUGUUGACAUUUUUAAGAUUGCGCGUGAGGGUGAGAGCCAGCGCUACAAGCCGUUUGCGCAGCUGCGGAACCGAAGGCUGCUGUGGCACGGGUCCAGGACCACCAACUUCGCUGGCAUCCUGUCGCAGGGGCUACGGAUAGCCCCGCCGGAAGCACCUGUGACAGGCUACAUGUUCGGGAAAGGAAUCUACUUCGCCGACAUGGUGUCCAAGAGUGCCAACUACUGCCACACGUCCCAGGCAGACCCCAUAGGCCUGAUCCUGCUGGGAGAGGUGGCCCUUGGAAACAUGUACGAGCUCAAGCAUGCUGCGCACAUCACCAAGCUACCCAAGGGCAAGCACAGCGUCAAAGGUUUGGGCAAGACGACCCCUGACCCUUCAGCUAGCGUCACCAUGGACGGUGUAGAAGUUCCCCUGGGGACAGGGAUCCCAUCAGGCAUUAACGACACCUGUCUGCUGUAUAACGAGUACAUCGUCUACGACAUCGCUCAGGUCAAUCUCAAGUACCUGCUGAAGCUCAAGUUCAACUUCAAGACGUCCCUGUGGUGAGCCCGGGCAUGUGACCGAGGCACAGCCCGGGCGUUGGGGCGCACUCACCAGCCGGGCGCCGGCUGACUGUUGGGGGCUCUCAUGGCCGAGAGCGCAAACCUUCCCAAAUCCCCUUAGAAAGGAUUCUCUGUGAGUGUUUGGUCACGUGUUAAACGAUUUUCCCAGCUUUUCAAAUCCCUUGUUCAUGUGGGUCUGAGGGUGGGACGGGCAGUGGGGUCCUGCCAGCCAGCAGCCAGGUGGGGACAGCCGAUGACACACGGGAAGCCGGCUCCGUCAGAGCGUCUGCCUUACUGGUUUCCCAGGAGAGGAAAAACUAUCUUCCACCAAGUCAAGGGUCUGCCUUUAGUUUGCAUUUUGGAAAAAUGUUAAGCAUUUAUUUUGAGGUAAAAUAAAAACUAAUUUCAUACUA